AUGGAUUUGAAUGAGAGCUUUGAGGCUGAGCCAACGGGCCUGGCAUCGAACGCAAGUACGGGCUACGAGGAGUACUACCCGGAUCCCGAUGCCAGUCAAAUCAUCAUCCCGUCCAUCUACGCCAUUGUGUGCUGCGUGGGCCUGACGGGGAACGGCAUGGUCAUUUACGUCAUUCUCAAGUAUGCCAAAAUGAAGACGGCCACCAACAUUUACAUCCUCAACUUGGCCAUCGCCGACGAACUGUUCAUGCUGAGCGUCCCCUUUUUCGCCACGUCGGCCGCCGUGCGUCGCUGGCCCUUCGGCUCGCUCAUGUGCAGGCUGGUGCUGAGCGUCGAUGGCAUCAACAUGUUCACGUCCAUCUUCUGUCUCACCGUGUUGAGCGUGGACCGCUACGUGGCCGUGGUGCACCCCAUCAAGGCCGCCCGCUACCGCAGACCCACCGUGGCCAAAAUGGUCAACGUUUGCAUCUGGGGGCUGUCGCUGGUGGUCAUCCUGCCCAUCAUCAUCUUUGCGGACACCGUCCCGGCCGAGGACGGCGCCGUGGACUGCAACUUCCUGUGGCCGGAGGCGUCCUGGUCCGAAGCCUUUGUGGUCUAUACCUUUCUUUUGGGAUUUCUCCUCCCCGUGGGGGCCAUAUGUUUGUGCUACUGCCUCAUGGUGGCCAGGAUGCGAGCGGUGGGCCUGAGAGCCGGCUGGCUUCAACGGCGGAGCUCUGAGAAGAAGAUCACCCGCAUGGUGCUGCUGGUGGUGGCCGUGUUCGUCCUCUGUUGGAUGCCCUUCUACGUCGUCCAGCUGGUCAGCGUCUUCCACGGGCCGCCGGACCCCGUGGUCACCCAGCUUUUCGUCAUCCUCAGCUACGCAAACAGCGGCGCCAACCCCAUCCUCUACGGCUUCGUGUCGGAUCACUUCCGCCGCUCCUUCCAGCGCAUCGUGUGUUUCCGCUGGCUGGAGUCCGGCACGGAUGCCGAGCAGGUGGAUUACUGUGCCGUUGCCGUCAAGGGACAAGCCACAUGCCCCCAGCUGGAUUUCCCCAAGGACUUCACUGCCUCUGAUGCGGUGUUUCGCAACGGAACGUGUACGUCGCGCACCACCGCUGUGUGA